AUGGCCAUGAUCGACUCCGUCGUUUCCACGUUGAGUCUUGGGCAUGAUCACCGGUUUUUUCCCUCCACCAACCCCGUGGCCCACAUCGUCGGGACGAACUCGGGCAAGGCGGGUGACGAGGCGUCGCUCGACGCCGAGAUCAUCACCACCACUGGCAGGGGCAUUGAGACGACCUACGUGUACAUCGACGGGGGCACGUCCAAUCCCUUCGCGAACUGGCUGAUCUGGGCGGCCAAGGCAUCGGACGCGGAGCUUCCCAAGGUGCACUCGCUAAGCGUCGGCGCGCCCGAGGGCGCCGUGGGUGACGUCAUCAUCCAGCGGAUGAACACGGAGAUGGCGGCGCUCGGCGUUCGAGGUGUGUCGAUCGUCUUCGCCUCGGGCGACUCCGGGUACCAGCCCGAGCAGAAGUUCGGCGCUGCCAGCCCCUACGUCACCUCGGUCGGCGGCGUCUACAAUGGCGAGAUGCGGCAGUCGGGGCUCCAGGCCGACUCGCUCACUACCGGGGGGUUUGCCGCGAGCAAGCACAACACGGCGCAGCCCUGGCAGGCUGCGGCCAUCGCGUCGUACACCAAGAUUGGCGGCGCCAAAAAGGGGGGUGGCGUGAGGGGGGGUGGCCUUUCAAAAUGGCGGCGGGGAGUCGAAGGAGGCAGAUGA